AUGGAAAAUGUCCUUCUAGCUACAGAGAUUGUGAAGGACUAUCACAAGGAGGAUAUUUCUCCUAGGUGUGCUAUGAUGAUAGACAUUUCCAAAGCCUUUGACUUGGUGCAAUGGCCGUUCCUUCUCAACACUCUAAGAGCAAUGGGGUUACCGGAAAAAUUUCUCAAAUGGAUCACUCUUUGCGUUACUACCGCCUCUUUCUCAGUCCAAGUGAAUGGUGAGCUCGCAGGGUAUUUUCAGAGCAGUAGGGGCCUAAGACAAGGUUGCUCUCUUUCUCCCUAUCUCUUUGUCAUUUGUAUGAAUGUGCUUUCGAAACUCUUGGAUGAGGCAGCAGCUAAAGGUCAGACAGGUUUUCACCCGAAAUGUAAAAAUAUUGCUCUCACACAUCUGUGCUUUGCGGAUGACUUGUUGGUGUUUGCUGAUGGGUCUCAGCGAUCUGUAGAAGGUAUUUUGCAAGUUUUUGAAGCUUUUGAUAAAAUGUCAGGGUUGAAGAUAAGUUUGGAAAAGUCUACUCUAUUUCUGGCUGGGGUUGGUGAGCAGAAAAGAGAGGAGAUUUUGGGUCAUUUUCCUUUUGCUUCAGCUUUUCAAUUACCUAGUGGCUGUAUCCGAGAGAUAGAAAGAAUUUGUUCUGCUUUUCUCUGGUCGGGUACUGAUUUGAAGAGCAAAAGAGUGAAGGUUAUUUGGAGGAUUUUAUCUGCAGAAUCUCUUUGGGUCAGAUGGGUUCAGAUUUAUCUUAUAAGGAAAGGUUCUCUCUGGUCGAUUAAAGGUACCACUCAGAUGGGUUCUUGGAUGUGGAAGAAGAUCUUAAAACAUCGAGACAGAGCAAAGCUUUUCUAUAUGGUUGAUGUUCGGAAUGGAUUGAAAGCCUCUUUCUGGUACGAGAAAUGGUCUCCUAUGGGUCGUUUGAUUGAGAUUUUGGGGAAGGGUAGAUACAUUGAGAUGGGAAUUAAGGAAAAUGCAAAAGUUGCUGAGUGUAUAAAUCACAGGAAGAAGAAUCACCGGUUCUCUAUGUUAAAUAGAGUUGAAUUGGAAAUCGAGAAGAUCAAGGAGAAACUAUAUCUUGAAGAGAAAGACAUAUCGCUUUGGAGGAAUGCGAAGGAUAUUUAUAAGAAAGAGUUUAAAACCAGUGAGACUUGGCAAGUAGUACGUGAGAAGCACCAACAUUGUGACUGGUAUAAGGCGAUAUGGUUUAAACACUAUACCCCUAAAUACUCUUUCAUUCUCUGGGUAGCAAUGCGAGACAGACUUUCCACAGGGAGUAGGAUGGCUCAAUGGGAUAUAAGUGCAAAUACUUCCUGCAGCUUUUGUCAAGACCCGCUGGAGUCCAUUGAGCAUUUGUUCUUUCAGUGCUCUUUUACUAGUCUUAUUUGGGAAAAUUUGGCAAGAGGAGUGCUAAAGGAUAACUUCACUGCGAGAUGGUCUGAAAUUAAAAGGAUUUGCAUUAUAUUUGGAGGGAGAGGAAUAGGAGGAGGCAUGGGGAACAAGGAUCUUCUCACUGUCUUCUUACUAAACUCAUUGAAAAAACUGUAA